CCGACUGCCGGAAGUGAGGUUGGCCCGUACGCGCGCGGACCCGGGUCGGCGCCGACCGCCGCUGCUGCUGCUGGAGGGGCAUGCUACGGUAAUCGGCGGACUACGCUAUGGGAGCCCAGCAGACCAAGGACAGGGUGAUCCCCGCCGGGUCCACCGUGCGGCAGACGCGCAAGCCCAGGAACCUCAAGGAUUCGCGCAUCGUCGGCUCUAACAUAUUCACCGAGCACAGCGAGGCGCUUUUGCAAAGUAGACCUCUACCUCACAUUCCAGCGUUGCCAGAAGGUGAUCCCCCAAGCGGCUCUAGUGUUCAGUCAAUCUCACAGCAAGCUAAUGUUCAACAGCACGCCGGUGUGUCCGCUAGUGGGCUUCUGGAAGCCGCAAACAGAUGGACUAGCAAGGAAAAUCUCUUGGCACAAGAGGAGGAUGAUCCUCAGUUAUUUGUCGCCCUGUAUGAUUUCCAAGCUGGCGGGGAGAAUCAACUGAGUCUGAAAAAGGGUGAACAGGUGCGUAUCCUAAGUUACAACAAAAGCGGAGAAUGGUGCGAAGCACACUCGAGCACCGGACAAGUUGGAUGGGUACCGUCGAAUUACGUAACCCCCGUAAACUCGUUGGAGAAGCACUCUUGGUACCACGGAAGAAUAUCUAGAAAUGCCGCGGAGUAUCUGCUGAGUUCGGGAAUAAACGGCAGUUUCCUCGUACGGGAAUCGGAGAGCAGUCCCGGGCAACGUAGCAUCUCGUUGAGAUACGAGGGUCGGGUGUACCACUACAGGAUCAACGAGGACAGCGAAGGGAAGAUGUUUGUCACGACGGAGAGCAAGUUCAACACGCUAGCUGAGCUAGUGCACCAUCAUUCGAUGCUUGCCGACGGCCUUAUAACGCAACUGCUGUAUCCUGCACCAAAGCAUAACAAGCCUACCGUCUUCCCGUUGAGUCCGGAGCCGGACGAAUGGGAGAUCAAUAGGACGGACAUAGUGAUGAGGCAUAAAUUAGGAGGUGGCCAAUACGGCGACGUGUACGAGGCGGUCUGGAAGAGAUACAACAUGACCGUGGCGGUUAAGACUCUCAAGGAGGACACGAUGGCGCUCAAGGACUUCCUGGAGGAGGCGGCCAUCAUGAAAGAGAUGAAACACAGGAACUUGGUACAACUGUUGGGAGUUUGCACGCGCGAGCCGCCGUUCUACAUCAUCACGGAGUUCAUGAGCAAAGGAAACCUCCUGGAUUACCUGCGGAACGAGAGUAAGCAUCAGAUCAAUGCCGUGGUGCUGAUGCACAUGGCCACGCAGAUCGCGAGCGGCAUGAGUUAUCUAGAGAGCAGAAACUUCAUUCAUCGCGACCUGGCGGCGAGAAACUGUCUCGUCGGCGAGAAUCAUCUCGUCAAGGUCGCGGAUUUCGGUCUAGCCCGUCUCAUGCGAGACGACACGUACACGGCUCACGCCGGCGCGAAAUUUCCCAUAAAGUGGACCGCGCCAGAGGGUCUAGCGUACAAUAAAUUCUCUACAAAGUCUGACGUGUGGGCAUUUGGUAUCUUGUUAUGGGAGAUUGCAACCUACGGAAUGUCCCCUUAUCCCGGUGUCGACCUAACGGACGUUUAUCACAUGUUGGAAAAAGGCUACCGAAUGGAAUGUCCCCCCGGUUGCCCACCGAAAGUUUACGAUCUGAUGCGUCAGUGCUGGCAGUGGUCAGCGGCAGAUCGGCCGACUUUUAAGGAAAUACACCACUCGUUAGAAAAUAUGUUUCAAGAAUCGAGUAUUACCGAAGAGGUAGAGAAGCAGCUUCAAGGUGGAGGGGAAAUUCCAUUGCUAUCAUACAAAAAAUCGCAAACUGGAAGUACAGGAAAUAUACAUGGGCUCGUUCUUGUAUCCGAGCAAUUAUCUUCUUCCGGCAUAACGCAAGAAGGAGUCAGUUCGGUGACCAAGCUGACUACUUUUGUGGGUGGCUUGUCAAGUAGGAGUAAUAGUAAUAUGGUUCAAAUGCGAAGAUCUACCAAUAAAAAAGGAAAGCAGGCGCCAGCACCUCCCAAGCGAACGAGCUUGCUAUCAUCGUGCAGCUCUUUUCGAGAUUCUGCCUAUCAAGAACAAGACCAGCAAAAUGUCGAAGUGAGCACUAUGACGCUUGACGAUGGCACAGAUCUAAAUGGUAUUGAUAAGAUUUUUGAAGGUAUCACACGUGAUCUCGUGACAAUGGCUACACAGUCAAUUACUACAGGAGGUUGCGAUAUGGACGACGAUGGAGAUGGGUCGCAAGGGACAGCAGAACAUAACUUUGUUCCCCAACCGUCAACCUCGCCGGAACCAGUAUCCAACUUACCGUGCAAUCAGAAACAAAUUAAAUCUCGACCUUACACGUCUAAGGAAGUACUGCCUCAGAAGCUGGUACACGUGGGUGCGCUGGAGGUGCAAAAUGUUAAGAGGGCGAUUAACCGCUACGGCACUCUGCCGAAGGGAGCCAGAAUCGGGGCGUACCUCGAGUCCCUACGACAGAGUGGCAUGCCGCCGAAUCAGGAGAACAUCGCUGCGUCCUCUCUGUCCAACGCGGUCAUGGAACAGCAGCAGCAGCAGCAGCAGGACAUCAUCACCGCGAGCGUUGUCGACGUGAUCCCGCAGCAUCGUUCCCUCUCACCUCGCCAGAAUAAUCUGCGCAGUCAGCCGCAGAUGACGCGUAGCAAUUCCUCGAGCGGAGUGGUGAAUACCUACCAGCCGCCCAACUCGCCGCGUAGCCGUGCCGUAGGUAUCCGGAAGACUAACACGGAAGGGAUCGGCCUGCGGACUUUCCGAGCACCGAACAACUCCAGCUUCCGCACCGCCAGCCCGUCGAGGUCGGUCCAGCCAACCCUGGCUGAUCUGGAAUUCCCGCCACCGCCGUUGGAUCUGCCGCCCCCUCCGGACGAAGCCUUCAGUGAUCACUGCGAGCUGCCACCACCUGUGGUGACGGCGUCGCCGUGCAUCGAGACCUCUCACGCGAAGAUCGCAAGUUCGCCGGUCGGGCUUAGGAAAGUAAAAGCGGAAUGGCGUAGCAAAGAUGAGAUUAGCGAUUACGAUCAGGACGAUAGGAAUAAUGACGUUAGGAACGCGGAGCCGUCGGUAAAGGAGGCUAGCUCGCGAUUCGGCGUGAAUCUGCGACGCCGGGAAACGACCACCAACGAUGCGUACUGCGGCGGUGGCGGCGGCGGCGGCGGCGGCGGCGGCAGCGGCGGUAAAUCCGCGGACGAGAAGAAAUUAGUUUACAGGCCAAAGGAGACGACGAGAGCGGAAUUGUCGGAAGCGACGAUCGCGGCACCCGAGGAAGCGCCACCGCCGCCCCCGCCGCCGCCGCCGCCGCCGCCCAUCGACAGCGCCGUGAGCAGCGCCGGUAUCACCGACACCUUCGAGUCCAAACCCGGCAUGAAGGAGAUGCUGGAGCUCAAGCUGAUCAACGAGAUCAAGCAGAGCGCGGACAUGAAGCAUGGUGGUACCGGUUCCGCGAAGAAGGUCGGCAGCGUCUUGGCUAGCAGCAACGCGCCCCUGUCGACGGCGCCGCUCGAUCCGGCGUCGCAGCUCCUGUCCGAGUUGUGCGCCAGCUUCAGCAUGGAUUCCGCCAAUAGACAGCAUAUCGUCCCGAGCGAGUAUGCGAUCUCAGUGCUGAGGAGCAACGACGUGUCCAGCGUUCAGGAACACGUUCACACGAGUGUACACGCCGAGAGGAGUGGCGGUCACAAGGAGAUCCCGUUGACCUCGCCGAUUACGGAAGGCCACAUACUGAGUGCCACUAGCGUAGGUUUCAAAUUAAAGAAGGUGGACAAGAGGAGUAAUCCGCAGAGGGAGGAGAAUCCAGACGGUCAGAUAAUCGACUUCAAGGCCCGGUUGCGGAAGGUGGACAACGCCGACAAGGAGAGGUCCGCGGCGGACGAGAGGAGCAAGUCGUCGCGCUUCGACGACGGCACGCAGGGGAGUAACGUCGCGGAUUCGGCGGACUCGUCGUCCGGCGUGGACGACGCGAACGAUGACAAGCGCCGCAGCACCGGCAGUAUUAGUAGCCUAAAGAAAUUGUGGGAGAACAAAGAGGCUUCUUGUGAUAACCAACCACUUAGUCCUAAAUUAAACAUGAGAUGUGCGAGCGGCAGGCAGGACACCGGCGACGUCGCGAGCGAGGACUCGCCGGAGGAUCACAGCGGUGCCUCGACCAGGAGCUCGACCAGCAAGGGCGACACGCGAAUCUGGCCCCCGACCUCGUCGUCCUCGGUGACACUGGAAGUGGAAAAGCCGAUCGUGCCGGCGAAGCCGCUGAAGCCGCUCGGACCCUCCAGCAAACACUUCGGUUCCUCGAUCUACGCCACGCCGAAUUGCAACAAGUCGCAGGGUGACGACGACUGCGGCAAGCAGACCAGCGGCGAGUCGACGAAAGGGGCUAAGCACAGCGUGAUGGAGAUCUCGAACGUCAUAGAGAACAGUAUUCUGAAUCUGAAGGGCAGCCCCACCAUCGUCAUGGCCAGCUGGCUGCAGCUGUCCGACAAGGUCGGCUUGCUGCACGGCAUGUGCGUCAACCUGACGGACACGGCGAUCGCGCCGCACGCGAGAUUCCAGUUCCGCGACCUGCUCACCCGGCUCGAGCUGCAGGCGAGGCAGCUGCGAGCUGCCGGCACGCGCAACAUCACCGAGAACACGAGACUCUUGUGCGACGUGCAGAACACGAUAAAGGACGUGAUAAACACGGUGCAGAGGUAAAGCCGCACCGAAAGCCGGGUGAAAAAUCAAAACGAGCAUCUCUCUCCCCCUCCUCCCACCUGCAAGUCUCCUCCGCCCUCCUCCUGUGAUGUUCCUCGAUCGCAGAAGUCAUCGCUCUCGUCCCUUCUCUAUCUCAUCGCAUCCGCAUGUGGGCGUAUAGUAUACAUAAAUCUAUAUAAAUAUAUAUCUAAGUCACUAAGUAAGGUUUUAUCAAGGAAUGAAAUUUUUUUUUUGUUUUUUUGGAAGCAUAGCAGUUAAUCUACGAGCAAGUACGCGAUAAGAGUGAAUUUUAAUAUGUGAAUAAGUCCUUGAUUGAUACGACUUUACGACUGCAUGAUUGUUAGGUGAAAUAAUCCAAAGUUGCGUGAAUCGCCGGUAUACACUUCUCGACACACGCCACACGUACGUACACACACGCACGUACGACAGAUGUUGCACACAACUUGAACGGGAAAUCCUGCGCGACAAAUUCUACAAGUUCGUAUACAUUUACAUCUCCGCCUGCGUACCAUCCGCGCGUCCUUUUUGGAAGAUCUUUGAAAGACCGCUGCGUGAUCAGCGUGCACCUCACGGGCCUGGCAGAAACACGGCCUUACGACGAGAAGGAAACGUAUACACCAUUGCAUGAUUGAAUUUUUAUGUCGAGACGUACGACGGUUUUCAAUAUACGAUAGUAAAUGUGAUGAUUAUAGUUACUGUAUGGAAUAACCGAUUAACGCAAAUUCUCAGUAGUAUAUAAUCGGCGUAUUGGCGCACGAGCGGGAGCAUUAUAUUAUAUUAAACGCGAAGGCGAGAAUCGCGGGGGAAAAAAAUAUCGACACGCUAACUCUAUAUCCUCGAGUCGCUUGCGCGUAUCGCGAUCUAUAAAUCGAUUUCGUUUUACAUGUAAUUUUAUACACAUACGUCGUGCUUAGUAUAUACGUAUAUAUUAUACGCGAGAUUUUUUAGACUAGACUAUAUAUAUAAAUACGAACACACAACACACACCACAUCUAAGCGUAAGCCGUUUCAUGUGUACUGUGGGACAAUAUAAACGAUUUUGUAUUUGUAUAGAGUAAGUUGGAUAUAAUACAGCUAUAUACAUCACGCGCGGUGAUCGAUUACGCCUAUACGUGAAAAAUUAUAUUCAAACAAAAGCCACAAAAUCGAAUGUAAUUAAUCAAACAAUUUUUGAGUGUCGUGUGCUUCGUUCUUAUUCAUGAUGGUAUGGAAACCAUGAUGACGAUGGUAUGGUUCUUCCAAAAGCACAAUAGCGGAAAUAUUCGCCUGAAGACAUCCAUGUGGAUCGUGAGUGAUUUCGAUAUAACAAUAAUUUACGCCAAGUGCGUCUAAAUCGCGACAGACGCGUCACGUCAGUAUGAAGCGAGAGCCAGAACAAACGGACAAAUAAUAAUAUAUGAUAUGCAUUAUCUGUGUCUUUGUACAGUAUUCUCUAUCUGCUAUACGCAAUCGAAGUUUUUAAAUAUUGCGCAUUUGUUACUCGCACUUAUUCUUCCGUAUUAUGAUUCGCGUACGUUUACAUUUUUCUAGGUAAAGAAACUUUUCUAGAAAAGAAAUGAAUGAAGCUUUAGUAAAGAUUAUAUACGCAGUUAAAUUUCUGUUGUUUAUAACGAUGUAAUGUUACAAAGUUCCACGCGGAUGCUCGUCAGCGACGGCUGCGUGCAUCUCUGCGAAGAACAAGUAAGCUAAGGGGGUGUUCUGUAAAAAUGUUCUGUAACGCUGUAUCUCUAUAAGCUGUGCAGCACUGUGGCGAAAAGACGAAAGAGCUAUAGAGCUUAUAGAGCGUAAAUCUUACAGAAUACAGAGCUAGGUUUUGUAGUUUGUAAUACAUCGACUUUAAAGCUAUAUAUUGCCUCGAUAGUGCACCGGAUUGACUGAUUUUAUGGAGGUUUUCAGGCUUAUACUUCAUUCGACUUGUGCUCGAUACGAAAGGAGAAUGCAAUAGAUACGGGAAAUAAGUCACCGAUGAACUAUUUCUUAUGACACUGCCUAUAUCAUACGUUACAGCUAGUAGUAUAUAUAUUGAAUUCACUAGUAGUCUUAAUCAUGUAAAUGUAUUUCUUCUUUCGAUCCAAUUUCCCAAGUUUCUUUAUAUAUGUUUUUGUACCUGUGAUAAACUAAUCAAGCCCUUUUUUCUCUUCUUUUUGUCAAAAGAAUCAUGCUCAACGGAAACGAAUAAUAGUUAUACGAAUGAAUUUUAGUCAUCAAACGUUUAUUCGAAUAAAAUUGUAUUAUUGAAAGAGAUACUAAAAUUAAUGUUUUAUAUAAUGUGUAUUAUAGUAAUUUUAUGUCUCUAUUUAUACUCUCUUGUAUUUAUUUCUAAUUUUUUCAUGUAAAAUUACUCUCUUCAAGAAUCGACCAACGUACUGAUUUACUAAUACAAAAUUUUAAUAUUGCUUUAUACAUUGAUAUAAGAUUGAAGACGAAAAUAAAAAUAAUUACCGAAUUAUGUUGUUUUUUUCCAAUUUGAGUGACUCGUAACUUUGCCCCGGAUAGUAAUGUCUACUAUCAGAAUCGUGCGUCUUACUUUGCUUAUUAUUAUAUUAACAUGGACAAAUAGCAUACACAUCGUGUUAGCUUUUACAUAAAAAUAUAUAUAAAUGCUCUACGAUUUUUUGUACAGAUUAUCACAGUUUACAAAAUAUCACUGUAUAAACUAUCAUAGCGUAAUCAUAAUUAACAGUCUUACCGCAGUCUUAUCACUUUCGAGCAGUUUACUCGUUUUACCAACGUUGUUUAACUUUAAACUUGGCUUCAUUUGUCCUUUCAUCUCUUUCUGUUUCCUUAGAAAGAGACAAAGAAUAAAUUGAGCCAAGAUUGACGUUAAGGGACGUUGGUGAAAUCGGGCCUUAGAUUAAUACAGUUAUUGACUAGUAAUUAUUCCACAAGAAUCAUUUACGAUUUUCCAUUCAUCAUCCAACGCCAAGAUUGUCAACUAAUCGUUGAUGUAGAGUCUCUUUCCUCGUACUUCAUUUAGCUAAUCUUGACUAGAAACAUUUACCGGUCGUCUACCUGUGGGCUUAUUUGCAAAAUGUUAUAUACUUUAAUAUUCCAAUACAAGCUCCAUCAUAAUAUUUCAUGUUACUAGACGAAAAGAUAAAUUGGAUGCAGUUCUACAAUGGCAAACCAAGCAUCAUUUCAUGAGUUUUUGGUUCUUGCUCCAAAAUCACGAAGGCCCACAAUAAUAUGUUAUGCAAAAAUAAAAAUUUGUCCACGAAACUCUCACUUUUACCUAUAAAAAGAAGUGCACACGUGGAAUUCUAUUUGAGAACAAUUAUAACUGGGUUGAUAUAACUUGAGACAUAAUGUUGGCCUAGAAUUUUGUUUCUUUAGUGUUUCACAAAAUUUGCUCCAGCAGAAAAGUAAGACUCUGGAAUUGGUUCCGCGUUGCAGAACUGUGUCCAAUUUAACAAACUCGUAGUAUCAUGUUACCGUGAGACAAAUAGUGAAAUAAAAAAUACAGAUAUCGUCGCGACACGCAAGUAUAAUAUUGAAGUAAGAUUCAUUUAAGCGCGACGAGAAGUUCAGGUCGAAAUCUAAGUAACAAAACUCAAGGCACAAAAUGAAAUGUAACGAAUCUAAUAUUUUCGAAUAUCUCAUCUACUCGUCUGAUAUUUUUAUAGUCAAGAAUGCAAAAGAGUAUGGUGCGAAUAUUAGUUAUCUGUAAUUGGGGCAGCGUCAGAUAUGAAUAUAUUCUGAAGACAGCAGAGCUUGCCACUACAUUUGUAUAUCGUCUUCGCCGACUGUCCCGCGACAGAAUAACGUUGUCCAUAUACUUGAGAUCAUCUGAAAUUACACAGAUGCAAUAUAUGCAAUAUUCGAAGGGGGAAAAAAAAGGGAAUACGUUUGGCAGUAUUGUUGUUACAUCUCUGUGUUUAUCCAGGUGCUCGUAGCGUUGAUUCGUGAAUCUCUUGACAGCUUUACAAAUCGGGCCGUCUUCCUCUUCCUCUUCACCAUGGAAGCUCUGCGAGAGUGUGAACGUAGAUGUAAGGACCACGGUGUAAUCAAAUAUACUUAUAAUCAAAUAUUUGAAAUCUGUGUAAUGCAUCACGGCGUAAUUGUCACGCGUACUUAUACGCGUCUCCAGAAGUUCUAACUUUAUAAAAAUAUAUUGGCUGGACGGAUAAA